AGUAGUUGGUAGCUAGGUAUUGAUAGAAACCAUACAAUUAAUACAGCAUGAUAUUUUACACACCAAAAUGAGGUGUAGCCAUCCCUCUAUAUAAUAUAACACACCCCUCCCUAGCAUCCCAACUGCACCACACGCAUUCAUUCAAAACCACCACAGAAAGCAAACAACAUGUCUCUGGUGACGGACGAGAUCAGAGCGGCGGCGUCGGAGAUGUACAAAGGCGACGAAAUCUGCAAGGCCAAAUCGAAGCAGCUGCUGACGGAGAUGGGGCUGCCCAACGGCCUCCUGCCGCUGAAGGACAUCGUGGAGGUCGGUUACGUGAAGGAGACGGGCUUCGUGUGGCUCAUACAGAAGAAGAAGUGCGAGCACCGCUUCGAGAAGAUCGGCAAGCCCGUGCAGUACGCCGCCGAGGUCACCGCCCACAUCCAGCCCAACCGGAUCACCAAGCUCACCGGCGUCAAGGCCAAGGAGCUUCUUCUCUGGGUCAUGCUCAGGGAGAUCUACGUCGACGAUCCCCCCACCGGUAAGAUCACCUUCAAGACCCCCACCGGCCUCUUCCGCACCUACCCCGUCGACGCCUUCCAAAUUGAAGACGACGAUCAGGAGAAGGAGAAGGAGAAGGAGAAGGAGAAGGAGAAAGAGAAGGAGAAGCCCGCCCAUCAAGUCAAAGAGGAGGUCAAGGCGGGCGCCGUUGAAGUCAAGGAGGUCUAAGUGAAGCAUAAAAAAUGUUGGGACACUGCUCGAUCCGAAUACGUGAGAUCCAGUGUAUCAUACUUAUGGGUAUAAUAUCAUAUGUUAAUGUAUGGUUUGAAAUAAAAUCAAUUCUCAAUUUUAACCUUUUUUUUGAAAAAAAAAAGAAAAUAUAUUUUUGGUUAUGUUGAAUGAGAUCAUAUAAUUCAUUGA